UUCAUAUGGGAGUGGGGGGUGCCAGAUUGACACGCAAAUUAGACCUCCGCUACGAUUUUAAUUCACAUUUAUAAAACUAGUCCUGCUUUUGUCUUUUGUCAUUGGUGGCUGCAGGUGCGAUGACGUACAAACCAUUGCAUUUUAAAGAAAGCUGCAAAGGGUUUGUUUUGAGAUCGCUUGCAACGUAUUGUGUUAGUGAAAGGAGGAGUGAGAUAAGGGUGGGAGGAUUCAGGCUUCUGACGUAAAGGCAGUUUCAAGAUGAUUUGUUAACAAAAAGCUGGACGUCCUCGCGGAUUAAACAGAAAUAACCGAGCAGCAGCACCAGCCACCGAAGAGAAGCGAAGCGUAUGUUAUUGUAACUUCAAUCAUUUCUUCAGGACGCCAACUGGAGUGAAACGGGUUCUUAUUUUGGAUAUAGAGUCUUUAGGAGAAACACUAGGAAUUAAACAACGCGAGCUACCCGUGCUGGGAUCCUUAUUUAGGGGGAAAUCAAUGACAUUUGUUACCGAUAUAUCAGUGAGAUUUCUUUCGGGGAGGAAAAUAUGCGAUAUUUACGUUCUUCAAGGAGCAGUUCAUAAACAUCGCUGCAUAAUUUCGGGAGGAUAUAUUAAUGCUGCUGUUCAAAUUCAUACAGGGUUGGUAAAUAAAUAUGUUCUUUUUCUCCACAAUUCUUUAAACUACAUUUAAAAAAACACCGCUCUUCGAGAAAGGGAUUUUAACCAUGCUGUUCUCAAUGUUGCUUCCUUUGGCAAUGAUGUAAAAGGGAGUUAUUUUUAAAAGUUUUUUUUUGUUGUUGUUUAAUUAAUAGCCUACUAACACGUCUGUAUUUUUUGGGUUUCACGGAGUUGUUGCUGAUGUCAGUGCCUCCAGAUUGCCUUCAUGACAGGAUCAUGAAGUGUUUGACUUUUUUCCUUCUACUUCCAGAAACCUUGAAAAAGUCCAAAAAGGGUGUUAAACACAACAGCACGCUGCCAGUAUGCUAUGAGAUUGUAACUCUGUCUCUGAAGAAGAAGAUGGCUGCAGAGCUGUACCCUGUUAGCACAAACACCAAUCUCCCCAACAGCAACGGCACUACAGUGACUACAAACACCAAGAAGAGCAUCGUCCCGGUUAACCACACUGUUACACCCUGCACCACAGCUGCGGCACAGCAAAACAUCAACAACAACAACGUCGAGACUGCCAACUGGCAAUCUUCCCACCCCACCUUAAGGGAAAGGAAUGCCUUAAUGUUCAAUAACGAACUCAUGGCCGAUAUACAUUUUAUUGUGGGUCCACCCGGUAGCUCUGAGAAAGUGCCAGCACACAAGUAUGUUCUGGCAGUGGGCAGCUCAGUUUUCUGUGCCAUGUUUUAUGGGGAUCUUGCAGAGGACAAAUCAGAAAUCCAUAUUCCAGAUGUGGAACAUGCUGCUUUCUUGAUACUUUUAAAGUAUAUGUACAGCGAUGAAAUUGAUCUGGAAGCGGACACAGUGCUGGCCACUUUGUAUGCUGCCAAAAAAUAUAUUGUGCCUGCUUUGGCAAAAGCUUGCGUGAAUUUCCUGGAGACCAGCCUGGAGGCAAAGAACGCCUGUGUGUUGCUGUCUCAGAGCAGGCUCUUUGAGGAGCCGGAGCUCAGCCAGCGUUGCUGGGAGGUGAUCGAUGCCCAGGCAGAGCUCUCUCUCAAAUCAGAGGGCUUUUGUGAGAUAGACCAACAGACUCUGGAGAUCAUCCUGACGCGAGAAACGCUCAACACUAAAGAGGUGGUUGUGUUCGACGCAGUUUUGAACUGGGCCGUGGCGGAGUGCAAAAGGCAAGGGCUGGUGGUCACGACAAGGAACAAGCGCAAUGUUCUGGGGAAAGCCCUGUACCUGGUUCGAAUACCAACCAUGACACUGGAGGAGUUUGCAAACGGAGCAGCUCAAUCAGACAUCCUGACUCUUGAAGAAACGCACAAUAUUUUCUUAUGGUACACAGCCUCAAAUAAGCCCACACUGGAGUUUCCCCUGGCACAGAGGAAAGGGCUGGCACCUCAGAAGUGCCACAGGUUCCAGUCUUCGGCAUACCGCAGCAAUCAGUGGAGAUACCGGGGCCGCUGCGACAGCAUCCAGUUUGCUGUUGACAAGCGCAUCUUCAUCGCAGGACUCGGACUGUACGGCUCGAGCGGUGGCAAGGCGGAGUACAGCGUCAAAAUUGAACUCAAACGCCAAGGGACAGUCCUUGCCCAAAAUUUGACUACAUUUAUAUCCGAUGGCUCUAGCAGCACUUUCUCGGUGUGGUUUGAGCACCCAGUGCAGGUGGAGCAGGACACCUUUUACACAGUGAGCUGCAUCCUGGAUGGGAAUGAACUCAGUUACUUUGGUCAGGAAGGGAUGACCGAAGUUCAGUGUGGAAAAGUGACGUUUCAGUUCCAGUGCUCGUCAGACAGUACCAAUGGGACAGGUGUACAAGGGGGGCAAAUACCUGAACUCAUUUUCUAUGCAUGAUGCGGACAAUUGCAUACAACUCCUGCUGCAUUCCACUGCUGCUAGUAAAGCACAUUAAGAAGAAAAAAAAAAGCCUUCUGAAUAUUGUAGCAUUAAGAGGAUGUCACACUGCAAACCUGUUACCAUUUCAAAAAAACAGCUAUCAAAACUUUAAGUGAAGGAAUGCUCUUGAAUUUAAUCUUAUUUUAUUUAUUUAAAAAAUAAUGUAAUGUUAUUUGAUUUAAUUAUUAAAAACGGCAGUAAGAUGUAAAAAGCUGUAUUGCACUUCUAGUGGGAGAUUCCCUGUAGUGUUUUGUAUAUAAAAUAAUGCUUAUUUGUUUACAGGCUGAUUGACAAAACAGAAUGUUCUGUAUUAGAGGGCAGCUUAUGAACCUGCAAAUUAUAAACGUUUUCAUGUGACUAAA